AUGAACAAACUUAAAUUCAAUCGUAACACCAAAUUUUCCAAUCUUUCUUCGGGAGAGUGGUCGGCACUAAAAAGUCUAAAAAAACGCAAAGACAUUGUCAUUGAGGCGGCCGACAAAGGCGGUGCAGUUGUUGUUUGGCAGGCCGACCUCUAUCAAAAAGAAGCUUUGCGGCAACUUUCUGACACCUCCUUUUAUGCUAAAGUCGACAAAGAUCUCGCUUUAAUUAACCAAAACAUUGUCAAAAAUACGAUCAGCGAUCUUAUAGCUAAACAAGAAUUGCCGGCCACUGCUAAAAAUCUCAUCAUUACCACUCCUAGAACUUCGUGUAUUUACUUUUUACCUAAAAUCCACAAACCUAACAACCCAGGUCAACCCAUCGUUUCUGCCUGCAGUUGUCCCACUGAACUUAUUUUCAGCUGUUUAGACAAAAUUAUGGCACCUAUCGUCAAAACUUUACCGUCUUACAGUAAGGACAGCCAACACGCACUUGAAAUUUUUCGUGACUUUAGUUUCCUCGACCAAAAUAAACUUAUUUUCACCAUGGAUAUAACAUCUCUUUACACUGUCAUUCCCAAUGACGAAGGUCUCCGGGCCCUCAAACAUUUUUUCGAUCAACGCACUGUUAAGGAACCUAGCUCUGAAACACUACUCCGUCUAGCCGAACUAGUACUCACACUCAAUUGCUUUUCAUUCGGUGGUAGCUACUACAAACAAACUAAUGGCGUGGCCAUGGGUACUAAAAUGGGACCCAGCUACGCCAAUCUUUUUGUAGGUUUUAUCGAACAUCAAUUUUUUAGUCAAUACCACGGCCCAAAACCUGAACUCUACGGCCGCUACAUUGACGAUUACAUCCGCGCUACCUCCUCUACCAAAGAGGAGCUCACUCAAUUUAUAACCGCCGUCAAUUCCUUUCAUCCGGCUCUUAAAUAUACCAGGGAAAUUUCCGACACUUCUUUGGCUUUUCUAGACAUCAAAAUUUCAAUUGAAGGCAACGGCUUAUGUACAAGUGUUUACUACAAACCUACAGAUUCACAUAGUUACUUGUUGUAUUCAUCCUCACAUCCAUCACACGUCAAGAACUCCAUACCUUUUUCACAGUUUCUCAGACUUCGUCGUUUAUGUAGUGACGACUCUGAUUUUUCCGAAAAAUCAGAGGCAAUGUGCCAGUUUUUCGAUAAACGUGGCUAUCCUGUUUCUGUCGUUCAAGCGGGCUACCACCGUGCCCAACAAAUCUAUCGACAGGCAGCACUACAAACGGCCGAGAAGGAGAACACUGACCGCAUUCCAUUUACUCUUACAUUUCACCCUCACAACCACGCAGUUGAAUCUAUCAUUCUUAAAAAUUUUAAAUUACUCCAAAACGAUUCAGAGACUGGCACUAUCUUUUCGCAACCCCCACUUAUUUCAUUCAAACGUGACAAAAACAUAGACAACUUUUUAGUCAGGAGUUCAUUUCAAACCAAUGACCAAUCUGGAACUUUUAAAUGCGCUCCCUCACGAUGCAAAACUUGUCCUUUCAUUCGUAACGUAGAGAAAAUAUCGGGACCCAAAAGAUCCAUUAAGAUCAUUGAUCACUUUACGUGUACCUCCGCCAAUGUUAUUUACUGCAUAACUUGCACUUAUUGCAAUAAGUUAUACAUCGGCGAAACAGAAGACGACUGGGUGACCGAUUCCGAGAACACCUUCGCGAUGUGGAAAGAAAUGACAAGGACGCAUCCAAACCAGUCGCUAGACACUUUAAUCUUCCUUAUCAUUCUAAACAGCAUAUGGCAGUUUGCGGCCUUUCCCUACAUAUAG